AUGGGCAUCCCAUAAACAAAACAUGGAUAGGAACGAGCGCUAAAUGCGCACGAAAAGUCGGUUUUUAAUGUUUUGCGGGCGCGAGGGGGACCUCCGAAGCAAGCCCGCAUUGUGAAUCAUGAACGGUUUGAGUCUGUACCUGGAUUUGUGUCGAAAAGUGUGCGAAUCGGACCCCGAAGACCACAGUGCCUGGGCUGACAUAUAUCGCCUGCUGUCCCUGCUGAGGCAGGCACUUGCGUGCAGUGUGUGUUCCAAUCUCCUGGUCGUCCCGAUGUCUUCUAGUACGUCCAAGUGUCGGCACGCAGUGUGCAAAGGAUGUGUGGGCCAGACGAUGCGGCUAAGCGCGCCAUGCGUCGACUGCAACAACAACACGUCCGGUUUCACCGAGAACAAGCAGCUUCGAAUUGUGCUUCAGUGCUACAAGAAUAUCUGCCGCUAUCUGUGUGCGCCUAGGUUUCAGAGAAAGUGGGGUAGUCUGAAUGGUGGUACAAAUGUCACUUUCAGGGACAUCGUCGUCGAAGGGUCGCGUCUGGCCGAUAACUAUCGGCACGCGGAGCCCACUUCGACGAGCUUACCGUCGACGUCGUCGUCCGCAGUGCCUUCCUUGGCAGCUUCGUCUUCGUUUUCCCCGUCUUUAUCGUCACCGUGUGUAGCAGCAGCAUCCACAACCGUAGUACCUACUCAAGCACCUCGUGUUGUGAAUCGGACUUCGGCCGUGGCCGCGGCCGCAGUGACGAAAAGUGUGAGCGGUGACAGAGCGCGUCGCGCUGUGCUUCUCAAUGGAGAUGCAAUGGCAUUAGCGCACGAUCGUGCCACCUCUGCGCCGUACAAGCUCAUAAAGGUACCCGCAGUGCUGGAGAUCAGCCGAUCCGGUUCGGAUUCGACGUCGGCGCCGGAGGGCGGCAGUGAUUCGGCUGCGGCGCCUCAGACGCCAACGACUGUUCUGCACUACCAGCAGCCAGUGACGGCAGCACGCCGGGGCUGUCGGUGUGGCGCGGCGAGCUUGAACCCUGGCAAGCUGACGUGCUGCGGUCAGCGGUGCCCUUGCUACGUGGCCGGAGCGAGCUGCAAGACGUGUCGCUGCAAGGGUUGCCGGAACCCCGUGGACAAGAUCACCCAGCUCUGGGGCGAGGCGCUGCAAGUGGGCGGCCAGGCGGGAGUCGACGGCAAGCCGACGUCCGAGCCGCGGACACACGUGGUGCACAUUGUGCAGGUUGACGAGUGACGCAACGCCGACGCGUGCCUGGACCAUCGAUGCAUCAUUGUGUUUCAUCUCUUCAUCGAAGCUACCAACCAUGUGGGUCUACCCAUCCGAGGACAACGUGAGCGUGUGCCUUCCUGGGGAAGUUCUUGUGCCGUGGUGGUAGACCUAGUGGGACUUCAGCAUAGCAGCGACCGACUGGCUGAAGACUGCAGGCGGUUUUCGCCAUCGGUCACUUUGUGGGCUCCAUCAAUUUUCGCUGUUCUCGAGCGCGUUGUUGGAAUGCUGGUCGGCAGUCUUGGUUUCUGGUGUUGUACUACUGUCAAGUAUUUAGGUAUUUGGAGGUAGCCGUGACAUGUGGAUGUGAUGGUUAUGGAAUAAGGCACCAUGAUUGCAGACUGCAAAAGAAGAAAGUUUGAUGUGACGUUCAUUGUUGCAUUCACAUUUUUACGGACAUGAAUUAAUUUUCCCCUGAGACACAAAUUUAAACACAAGUUAAAAUAAUGUUUGAUCUAUAACAAGGCCGAGAUUUCUUUAUGAAAAUAGUCAUUACUUCAAGCUUUAAUUUUAUUUAAGGAUCUGCUAUUUCUGUUUGUUCCCUGAGUGAAAAAAAUUUGUGCUAGCUUUGGGCAGCUCCAGCUUCAUAAUAUUCGUAACACUGAUGCACGAGGAGUAGCAAUGACCAUAUAUUGUUACACAAUAAGAACAUUUUAAGUUUGUCAGAUCUUGUUGCAUUAUAUGCAAUUUCUGUGUGCCUUGUAACUACCUACACGGCUACUCUGAAUCCUGUCAUUUGCAGUAAUCGCUGCGUAACUGUACAGUCCAUGGAAGGAUUGCCUAGUAUUAACCGCUUCUCUUUUUAUUAUAAUGAGUUCCUACAUGACAGACAGUCUGCAUUCAUGGUGCCUAUCUUUCACACCUGUGUCAUGUGUUUGAGGAUGGUCCACCAAAUCAUGGUACUCCUGAGAGCCUCUUUAUUCCAACUCCGGAUUAAGCUCAGAAUUUACUAUGCUUGUCACAGUUAGCUGCUAGUCUGCAGUCAAAUUACAGCUCAGAUGCCUGCUGAUCGAAGCAAUAAUUCCAUUUUUCAGGCCACUUCGCAAAACAAAUUAUAUUGUGCCAAAGGGAGUGUAAAGUUGAUGAGACCGCUCUUGAUCUGUCUGCUGUAAGCUAUUAAGAAGUUCUCGUCGGUAUUAUGUAUUGCACUGCUAUGUAAAGGCCAAGGGGAAAUGACUGCCUUGGAAAAUACUGUGGACUUGAGCCAUGCAGACCCCAACCAUCCUUUUGGUGAAAAUGCUUGGCAGCAGUUUUUAAAACUCAGCCCACAAGUGAGAACUACAGCUUAAUGUUCCUGAGUUACCGUGCACUGUUCAUUGUUUUAACCAGGUGUCUGUUGUGUUCAGAUCUCGACAUGCCUUACUUUAGGUGCAAGAUGGGCCAAAAGUUUGGUAAUGAUUUAAAAACUAUCAAACAUUGUUAAUGCUUUGCGUCAUUAUUUUUGUGGAGGGAAGCACUGCAAGGCUGUCAGUGCUGACCACUGAUGACUGCCUGAGAACAAGAUAUCAACUUUCACUUCCACAUAAUUCAUGUUUUAUCAUCACAAAGUAUAGAUGAUGAUUGAAUACAUUAACAUUAAUCCUUACUUGUUGCACUAUGUUAGUAUAUCUCAGUUCAGUAGGCAUUCAUCAUAUCACUCAAACUUCAGCACUGCCAAGGAAGAAGACAUUAGUAUUUGGAAUAAUGCACUAGCUCUGACGGAGCUUGCUGUAUGAACAAGUUUGUUAUGCUCUAACCUAGACAGUAAAAAUUAAUGUAGCACUGACAUUCAAAACAAAACCAUUUCUCAGCUUAUACUGUACAGUGUGCAUGAAUUAAAGUAAUCUGGUUAACAUCCCUGCAUUUCCUUGAAAAAUUUAUGAUUGACACCUCUAAAACUCACUUGCUAGAGGCAUGGCAACACAGCACUUCAACUUCUUGCAUUUUCUCGACAAAUGACUUGAAAAAAAAAAUGUUUUUGUAAUAGGCUCUUUAGAUAGAUGUGAACAU